AUGAGUACUCAAAAACUUCAAGGAACUUACAUAGGCCGCACAAAAGUGCGUGGCACAGAUUACCUCACCGAUGGUCUCGCUUUGUCCGUACUGAACCGGCAGUUGGAGAAGAAAUCCCGUGGAGAUCGAGUCAAAUUCACGGAAGAUUCCAUUUAUUUCCCCGACUCCGAUGGUUAUAACGGUCAAUAUGAUCAAGAGAUCCCGUACGAUUCAAUUCGUAAGAUGUACACAUUCAACCAGAGACCGGAAGUUCUGAUGGUUUGCUCAGACGGAUACUAUGAUGAUUCACGAAUCUAUCACAGUUUCUAUCUCCAUAAUGCUGAUGAAGUCCGGCGUGCUCGUAAGGUUAUAUCGGGCGGUUACUACGAUACACGAUCAAGAUCCCGUUCGAUGGGUUACAGUGUGGCAUCUCGACCUCCUAGAACGAGCAUACUUCGCUACGAAGCUGAGAGGCCGGGUACGGCAGCGUUCUAUGAACCGGCACAGUAUCGAGUGGUGUCCAGGACCUAUCGUACCCAAUCACGUUCACCAUCACCGAUCUACGUAGAAAGGACCAAUAAUACUACACCAGUGGUGGAACGUGUCGAAACCAUUCCAGUUGUUGAGCGCGUGAUUCCCGCGAAGACUCCAUCGCCAGUCUACGUACAACCAGUUUCUACCGUUGAAAGGAUUGCACCAACCUACACAAAACCGCAAGAAGUGUAUGUGACCGAGGCCCCCGCUGAAUCAGUUGUGUAUAAACGGGUUAGCAGACCAGAAGGCUCAGUGAGGACACAAUACGUGACUCGACCGUCAACGACCUAUACGAAUCCCAGAUCCACCAGUGCAUCGAGAUAUUACAUGGAUGAUGACGUGACGGAUCGAGAGAUCGUGUUAAAGCGUGUUUCACGAGUAGUACCGAAUUCGAAAUAA